AUGGACAAAAAAAAAACAUUACUUCUCAUCACAUUUAUCGUCACGAUGAUAAAUUAUACACUUUCAUACAAGGUUGCAACGAUGAAUAAACUUAUUUGUGACAAUUGUGGCAAAAACCCCGUGCCUUACCCGUUAAGCACGGGGCCUAAUUGUGGCGAUCCAUCGUACAAAGUCCGUUGCAAUACUGGUACACUAUGGUUCGAUACGAUGCAAAAUUCAUCGUACGUUAUUACGUCCAUCACCCCACAAAUCCAACGAAUAGUCGUUAAACCACCAAUUCCAUACCCUAAUACGUGCUUAUCAUCCGAUUUUCGCUCCGAGGGAAUCCAACUCGACCCGAAUCUCCCGUUCAACAUCACGGCUAGCAACACGAUAUUGUUACUAAAUUGCACGGACUACAUGUUGCACUUACAAGCACCGAUAAAUUGUUCAUUGAGUUGUGUGUGUCAUCCUUACGUCGAAAAAAAUCUGGAGUGGGCUACUUGUAGGAAACAGAGUUUGUGUUGUACAUUUAGAACAGGAGGGUCACAAAAUGAGUAUAUGAUUAGGGUACAUUCACAAGGGUGUAUGGCAUAUCAAAGUUUUGUUGGGUUGGAUAUUUCUUUGCCAAUUGAAAAAUGGCCACAACCUGGGCUUGAAUUAAUGUGGCAAAUUCCAGAUCCACCUAUUUGUAAGAAACAAGUGGAUUGUGAUGUGUUACAAUAUUCUAGGUGUUUGGUUGAUCCUAAAAAUGAUGGAAAAAAGAGGUGUUUUUGCAAGUCUGGACACUAUUGGGAUGCACAAGGAUAUUGUCAAAAGUGUCGACAUGGUACAGCUUGCAAAAUUCGAAGGAAAUAUAUCUUUUUUGUUUCAUUUUCAGUUGCUGUUAUAUCAGUUCUUCUCAUGCUGUUAGGUGGAUUUCUAGUCCACAGACGUUACCUAAUAAAAAGAAGAACUAUAAGGUUACUUGUUAAAGAAAGAGAAGAAAUAUUAAGUGCAAAUACAAGUGGAAAAUCAGCUAAAGUUUUCUCUGGAAAAGAAAUCAAAAAAUCAACCAACAAUUUUGCCAAAGAAAAUCUUUUAGGUUCUGGUGGAUUUGGUGAAGUUUUUAAAGGUAAUUUAGAUGAUGGUACUAUAGUUGCUGUAAAAAGGGCGAAGCCCGGUAACGCUAAGGGCACGUUACAAGUCCUUAACGAAGUUCGAAUCCUGUGCCAAGUGAACCAUCGUGGUCUAGUGAGAUUACUCGGUUGUUGUGUCGAGCUCGAGUUGCCUCUUUUAAUUUACGAGUAUGUUUCCAACGGGACGCUUUUCGAUCACCUCCACGGGUUCCGUCUCCGCGAGUGGGCCCCACUUAGUUGGUUGAGGCGUCUCGUGAUCGCUCAGCAAACCGCAAAUGGACUCGCGUACCUUCACUCAUCGGCCGUUCCGCCUAUUUACCAUCGCGAUGUCAAGUCGAGCAACAUUUUACUAGACGAUAAGCUCGAUGCUAAGGUUUCUGACUUUGGACUAUCGAGAUUAGUCGAGCUGAGCGAAAGUGAGAACACUCAUAUCAACACAUCAGCUCAGGGCACGUUGGGGUACCUAGAUCCAGAAUACUAUCUAAACCUUCAACUGACAGAUAGAAGCGACGUUUAUAGCUUUGGAGUCGUGCUUUUAGAACUUUUGACGUCUAAAAAGGCGAUUGAUUUUAAUCGAGACGAGGAAAAUGUUAAUUUGGUUGUGUACAUGAAGAGGAUCAUGGAUGGAGAGAAAUUGAUGGAUGUAAUUGACACUUUUAUUAAAGAAGGGGCAAGUAAAGUGGAAAUUGAAACAAUUAAGGCUGUAGGGAACUUAGCAGCAGCUUGUUUAGAUGAAAGGAGGCAAAAUAGGCCAUCAAUGAAAGAAGUGGCUGAUGAACUUGAGUAUGUUAUUGGUAUUGUUACUGGCCAGGCUUCUAAAAGCUAGAUGGAUUGUUGUUAUAUUUUGGUUUAAUUAAUAGAACAUGGUGUCAUCUUUGAUUUUGUUCCAAG